AUGGUGCUGGCCCGUGAUGCUCUUCGUGGCAGUAACAAAAGCCUCUCUUUCCACAAGAGCAACACUGCCAUGGUGCUGGGUGGUCCAGCAGCAGGCCCGGCAAUGCACAUGCCCCACACCAUGCAGGGUAUGAUGCAGUUCUGGGGCAGCAUGGCAGCUAACAUGUUCAACCAGCAGCAGCAAUUGGCGAAGAAGAACGAUGGAUUGCCUGGGUUGAAAAUCUUCGGCGACCCAGCUGCUGCCGCCUCGUCUGGGACGAUGGCCUCCUCGCCUGCUCAACAGCAGGCCUUGCAGCUUCCUACAGUUACCAAUGAACCGGCACAGGGCAGCGGAACAAAGCAGGCCGAGCAACAGGGAGUGCUGGCCAGCAAGGAUCCUGUCAGUGCUGCACAACAUGCAGAUGAAAUGCUUCAAGCUUGGAAGGGCGACAACAAAGGGUUCGACAGCACCGUCGAGGCCGAGGCCAAGGAAAACGAGGCGAAGCACAAGGCAAAUAAGAAGCCCAAGGCUGCAGCCAAGGCCAAGGGUAAAGCCAAGGCCAAGGCUAAGGCGAAGGCCAAGUGCACGGCCAUGAAGUCCCAGCCCAAAGCAAAGUCGCAGCCCAAGGCGAAGGCCAAGGCUGCUUGCAAGGCGAAGGCGAAGUCGCAGCCGAAGAAGGUCCAGAAGGCUUUGCAGAAGUUCACUCGAGAAGAGGUCCGAUGCAUGACUUUGUCGGCUCGCAUCAAGCUGCGACCCAAUGGGUGUGCCAAGUGUCUCAGUCAGGUCUUGCAGGAACUCCAAGAGCUGCCCGAGUUGCCAUCUGGGACGAGUCGCCGAACACUGAAGCGGGCCCGGGAUGAGAAGACUCGGAGCUACCAAACUGCUUAUGGCGAGAUCCUAUGCGACUUCAAGUGUGUUGCCGAAACUGGUGUGGAGUUUGAAUUUCCUGUCUUGAACCCAGCUGCAAUGCUUGCCUGGGCGACAGAGCGAUGUCGACCAUUUGGCGAGUUCCUGGAGAGGGCCAUGGAUGCCACACCCCCCAGCAUUCUUCAACCAUGGGGAUUGGUGUGGUAUUCCGACGAGCUGGCUCCGGGCAACCAACUCAAGCACUCCAACCGGAGAAAGGUCCAGGCUGUAUAUUGGAGCCUGCUCCCUUUGGGACAGCAUGCAAUGGGUUGCGAAAAUUGCUGGUUCACUCUCUGUGCCAUUCGCAGCUCUCUGGUCGCAGAUCUCGGCGGCAUGACUGUGCUCUUCAGGCAGCUAGCAGCCUUGUUCUUUGAGAGACCUGACUUCAGAAAAGGUCUUGUGUUGCAGUGCCCUGGACAAGCACGUAUGCUCUUUGCCGACUUGAAGAUCAUCAUAUCCGACGAAGCUGCAAUUAAGGCUACCCUUUUCAAUAAAGGAGCCAGUGGGCUCAUAUUCUGUGUUCAAUGCCAAAACGCCGUGGACCACAAAAGCAGCAUUGCUGAAAGGAGUCGGGGCAAUAUGGUGUCCGGCCUGGAAACCGACAUGAGUUGCUUUCGGAUGCACACACCCGAGUCUAUACGAGACACCAUGGACUUCUUGCGAAGGCAAGAGACGGUCCUCAACAAAGACAGAUUCCUGCAACUCCAAACAGCAAUGGGGUUCAAUUUCAAAGAGGAUGGAUUGCUGGCACAUGCAGCAUACGGGCCUCCGGUCAUCGAGUGUGUGAUGUUCGAUUACUUCCAUAUCUAUUUGGUCAAUGGCAUCUUCAAUGUUCUGACGGGGUUUUUUCUUGGAGAGCUUCACAACCAUGGCUGGAAGCACAAUGACAUUGAUCGCUUCGCAAAUGGUUUUACCUGGCCUUCUCGUUUGCGAGGUGCUGCUGCAAAGGAUAUCUUGCAGAAGCGAAAGCCAAGCGAAACCUUGAAGUGUGGAGCCAGCGAGGCUCUGAACUUUAUGCAGCUGCUGCGACUCUAUGUGCUAGUCUUUGUGCUGCCAAAUUGCAGCAGAGAUAUCCGGGACUCUUGCGAGGUUUGGUUGGCUUUGUGCAAGGUGAUUGAUGCUUUGCAAGCGAUCAAUGCCAAACCUUCAGCAUUUACCCCCCUGCAGUUGCAGCAGCUCAUCAAAAGGCAUCUCGAUCUGGCGAAAAGUCGGUAUGGAGAUGAGUGGUGGGUGCCAAAGUGUCACUUGGCAGGCCAUUUGGCGCUGCAACUGGCCAAGCAUCAGGUCCUCCUCAGAGCAUCCUACAAGAUGUACUCCAUGGUCACAUGGAAAGUCUGGCAGAGGGUGUAUACCUCCCAGGCCAAGGAGUUCGCUUGGUCGCAGGCAGUGCAUGGAGGAAACUUCACCGUGGCUGUCGGCGACUUGGCCUUGAUGGAUCUGGAUGGGGUCGUGAGCAACCUGCGGGUCGAAGCCCCGCUGGUGCGCUGCGACCCGACGGCGCCGUGGCUCUCCAUCGGCGUCCAGGGCGUGCUCGUCAACGACACCCUCCUCGUCAACGGCGCCAUCGCACCCGAGGCCAGCCUGCCGUACCUCUACCUCUCGGGCGGCACCACGGGCCUGGAGCUGAACACGAAGUUCGCCGCCGUCACGGGGCUCGGGGACCCCGGCGGCUUCUGCGAGCUGGCCGUCAUCAACCAGGCGCCGACUGCCGACGGGCGCGGCGAGGCUCUUCCUGUCCACGCAGAAUAA